AUGCUCUUCCAAACCUUCACCCUUCCAUCCCCACACACAAUCCCCUUCCAGGCCCCCUGUCCCCAUUCCCCCCCUGCCUUCGUCCCCCCUUUCUCACAUGCUCCCUCCACUUCCCCCCUGCCAGGUGGCAUGUACGGCAUGUCAGUGGGUCUCAAGAACCCCGGGCCGCUUGCCCCCUCCCACAUGGCGAACCUCUUUGAUUGGGCGAUAAUCGAGAGCUGCAUUUACUUCAGCGACUCUAGCAACAACGCGUGGUACAGCGGCAAAUACCAGUGCGAUUACUCCAACGAGUUUAUUGUGCGCAACAAGGCCGUGUUCUCGAUUGAGUAUAAGGAGCUCUGGGGCACGUCUGCGGGCCAAGUGAAUGGCAUCACGUUCCCACAGGCCAUGUGUGCAAUCAGCAACGCUCACGGGUUCAACACCAACCUCUGCAGUUUUUCCCUUGGCACCGGCCCUCGCUACCCCUUUGCCAACUGCCCCCUGCACAAGCCUGCAGGGUGUGAUAAUGUGUGGAAGGAGUGUGUGAAGCAGAGUGUGUAUGCGCAGUACAAGAAGCAGGGCAUGGCAAGAUGGGAUGCUGUGGGGCAGUGCAUGAGGGCUAAGAGAGCAGCAUGCAGAUACAAGGCUUGA